AUGAACGCUGCGCAUUAUUUGCUGGACCGCAUGCGAACGUGCAAGGCAUUGCAAGAAAUUGGUGACAACAAGAAAGCUCGCGGCUGCUUCUCGUCCGUGGGCAGCGCUACACAUUCAUUUCACGGCGAUGACGCCGUGGGCUUUGGGCCGGGCUACAUGGUGGUGGCGGACGGCGUCUCGGGAACCAUGAAAGCUUCAGGUGUUUUAGCACGCAUUCUGGUGGCCGAGACAUUAUCAGCUCUGUCCAAACUGCGCAAACGCUCGCGGGAGGAGCCCCCUUGCGCUGAGGACUUUAACGAUAGCAUACAGGCAGCGAUCAAGAGCGCGCGCAAAAUGGCCAAGCGCAAAGGACGACUCGACUCGACCAUCUCGGCGGUCUUCUUCGACGAGACCACUCGCCAGAUGUUCGUGUACACGAUUGGCGACUGUAAGUGCGUUGUUUUCCGCGGCGCUCAGCUCGUGUUCGAAAGCGACUCCAUUAUCUACGACUUUAAUGUGCCGGCCGUGGUGUCCAGCAACCAGUCUAUUAAUUAUGCAGCAGAAGUGGAGAUACAGACGUUCGAGUAUGAAACAGGUGACGUGUGUCUGUUGUUCUCAGACGGCGUACACGACAACCUGUACGUAGACGACAUUGCGGCAUGUGUCGCGUCUGCAACCAGCUCGCCGUCGUCUCGAUCAAAAGGUGGAGCGGCAGAGGACAUAGCGCGAAGGACAGUACUACGCGCAAAGGACACUUUCACGUGCACGACAGAGUACAUUCCGUUUGCAGUUUCAGCAGCAGGAUUCUGUCGCGAGGCGUUAGCUGAGCUUGAGGCCAAUAAGACCGUCGAUUCCGACGAGUUCGAGCGAUUCCGACAGAAAUGCGAGGGCAUUCCAUCAUUAGAAAUAGAACGUGCGGCCUUUACCAAGGAGCGACGUGUUCGCCAAUUAGCUUUCUACAGUGCAUCCAACCUGCUCGCCUUUGCGCACAAGAAGCAGGGCAAGCGCGAUGACAUUUCCGUCUGCGCAGCAAUCCUCGCGUGAGCAUGCUCAAAUGGCAGGCAUGACCUCAAUACGCAGACCAAGUACAAGCACCUCAAAUUCAAAUCAGAUAGUAUAACUAUGAAAAAUUAGUAAACGAUAUAUUAGCUGCAA